GGGGGAGCCUUUUCUGGAGGAGAUAAGCCCCGCCCUUGCCGGAAGCUACUUCUUCUCGCCGCGCACCACAUCCGGUCUUUCCAACAGGGCAGCGAGGAGCAACAUGGCAAAGAUCAAGGCUCGAGAUCUGCGGGGCAAGAAGAAGGAGGAGCUGCUGAAGCAGCUGGACGACCUGAAGAACGAGCUGUCCCAGCUCCGCGUCGCCAAGGUCACCGGUGGAGCAGCCUCCAAGCUCUCCAAGAUCCGUGUUGUCCGAAAAUCCAUCGCCAGAGUCCUCACCGUCAUCAACCAGACACAGAAGGAGAACCUGAGGAAGUUCUACAAGGGCAAGAAGUACAAGCCCCUGGACCUUAGACCCAAGAAGACCCGUGCUCUGCGACGCGAGCUCACCAAAAGUGAGCAGAGUCUGAGGACCAAGAAGCAGCAGCGCAAGGACCUUAUUUAUGCUGUGCGCAAGUUCGCAGUCAAGGCUUAAAGGUUUCUUUCAAUUGCUUCAAUAAAAAAAUGAAAACUC